CAGGCUAAACCUUUGGCUGGCUGGAUCAGAUUGAAGGGUUCAAGAAAAUCCAGUAGUCUUAUCUCUCAAGAGGACGGCCGGCCGGCAAGAAAAGAUUAAAUCUUUUUUCUUUUCUGCACUUCCGGGGAGCUUUCAGAGACGGAGAGAUCUAAGUCAAGGUUAGUAUCUUUCAGUAGUUGCGUGCAAGCGAAAUGAGUAAGAAUGAAGCGGUGAAGUUAGACGACGGGCAGUUAGCGGAGCUCCGGGAGAUUUUCCGGUCAUUUGAUAUAAACAAUGACGGCAGCUUAACCCAGCUCGAGCUCGGCUCACUUCUGAGGUCGCUCGGCCUGAAGCCAAGCUCCGAUCAGCUGGAAACAUUGAUCCAAAAGGCUGAUAAAAACAACAACGGCCUGGUUGAGUUCUCGGAGUUUGUUGCCCUGGUGGCGCCGGAGCUUCUUCCGGCGAAAUCGCCGUACACGGAGAAACAGCUGAAGCAGAUGUUCAGGAUGUUUGAUAGGGAUGGUAAUGGGUUUAUUACGGCAGCAGAGUUGGCUCACUCCAUGGCCAAGCUGGGACAUGCCUUGACGGCUGAAGAGCUGACAGGGAUGAUCAGAGAGGCUGAUACUGAUGGUGAUGGCAGGAUAAGUUUCCAAGAAUUCUCUCAGGCGAUUACUUCAGCAGCUUUCGAUAAUUCUUGGGCUUAAAUUCCAGGUUGGAUAAAAUUUCAGACCCCAAACCAAUGCUGUUGUGUGCAUACUUCAGAUAAUGUCGACUCGUCAUGCUCUCCAUAUUCAUUCAUAUUGCAUUUGUUGUAUCCUGUGAUGAUAAAGCAAGCGAGAAGUCCAGCAUCCAAUGUAGUGUUCUACAACGUGAUAUUAUGGCCUCCGUUCUUUGUUACUCUGUCAUAUGUUCCCUAUUUUUUCAUGUAAGGAUGAAAAUUUUGCACAUAGAAGAUCAAUAAAUCAAUUUUCUGUGCUUUCUUGUAUA